AUGGCGUCUGGAUCUUCUCUCCUGGAAGAGGAGCUCUCCUGUUCUGUGUGCUCUGAAAUCUUCAGGGAUCCUGUUGUCCUGAGAUGCAGUCACAGAUUCUGUGAGGCCUGUCUGCAGCAGUACUGGGGUCAGAAGGGAUCUCUGGAGUGCCCAGUUUGCAGGAGAAGAGCUUCUAUGGAUUUUCCUCCAAUUAGCCUGUCUCUUAAGAAUGCCUGUGAGGCGUUCUUAAAGGAGAGAAGUCAGAGAGCUGAAGCAGGAUCUGAAGUGCUCUGCAGUCUGCACAGUGAGAAACUCAAACUCUUCUGUUUGGAUGAUCAAAUACCCGUCUGUGUUAUCUGCCAAACUUCAAGAAAACAUGAAAACCAUAAAAUGCUACCAGUUCAGGAGGCUGCAGAAGAGUAUAAGGAGAAACUCAGGACUGCACUGGCUCCACUGCAUGAGAAGCUAAAAGCCUUCAAUGCAGUGAAAGUAAUCUGUGAUCAAACAGCGGAGCACAUCAAGAGCCAGGCCCAGCACACAGAGAGACAGAUAAAGGUGGAGUUUGAGAAACUUCAGCAGUUCCUAAAGGAUGAAGAGGCAGCCAGGAUCACUGCACUGAGGGAGGAAGAGGAGCAGAAGAGUCAGAUGAUGAAGGAGAAGAUUGAGAAGAUGACAGAAGAGAUAUCAUCCCUUUCAGAACAGAUCAGAGCCAUAGAACAGGAGCUGGGAGCUGAAGACAUCUCAUUCCUGCAGAGCUACAAGGAUUCACAGAACAGAGCCCAGUGCACACUGGGGGAUCCAGAGAAGGUCUCAGGAGCGCUAAUUGAUGUGGCCAAGCACCUGGGCAAUCUGAAGUACAGAGUGUGGGAGAAGAUGCUGGGGACUGUUCAAUACACUCCUGUGACUCUGGACCCAAACACAGCACAUCCCAACCACUCACUGUCUGAGGAUCUGACCAGUGUGAGACGCAGUGAUGAGAAACAGCAGGUUCCUGAUAAUCCAGAGAGAUUUGAUAAGUGGGGUUGGGUGCUGGGCUCUGAGGGAUUCAGCUCAGGGAGACACAGCUGGGACGUAGAAGUGGGGGCUGAGGACUGGUGGGUGGGUGUGGUUAAAGAGUCCAUCAGCAGGAAAGGGGAUAUGAACAUGAACAUGAACUCAACAGGAGGAGUGUGGAGUAUAUUUAAGUAUGAGAGUGGGAAAUACUAUGCCCUGACCUCCCCAUCUACAGCCCUCACUGUGCAGAGGGACCUCCAGAGGGUCAAAGUGCAGCUGGACUGGGACAGGGGGGAGGUGUCAUUCUCUGACCCCAGUGACAACACUCCUCUCUACACUUUUAAACACUCCUUCACUGAGAGACUGUUUCCAUUCUUUCAUUGUUCUUCUCUCCAGACUCGUAUACAGAUCUGUCCAAUUAAGGUGUCUGUAACAGUGGAGUAGCUCUGUGGAAAAUGGGUAAAGAUCUAGCCUGAAAGAUGCUGUAUUUCCAUCCAUCCAUCAUCUUAUCCCGCUUAUCCUGAACAGGGUCGCAGGGGGGCUGGAGCCUAUCCCAGCAUACAUUGGGCGAAAGGCAGGAAUACACCCUGGACAGGUUGCCAAUCCAUCGCAGGGCACACACACCAUUCACUCACACACUCAUACCUACAGGCAAUUUAGACUGUCCAAUCAGCCUAACCUCACACACUCACACACCAAUGGUGAUUGGCUGCCAGAAAAUUGCACCAGCCUGCUCGUCAGGAGCAUUUGGGGGUUAGGUCGGGAUUGAACUGGCAACCCUCCGACUGCCAGCUGUCUGCUCUUACUGCCUGAGCCAAUGUCUAGUUAUUCUCAGAUAUUAAUUCAGUGAAGAAAUGUCUAUUCUUGUCAGUGCACUAUUUGCUUGCUUUUGGUUGGUUGGUUGAAAAUGGAAAAAUGUGGACCUCAAUAUCUUACUAGUUUUAAAACCAAUCUCAGUGCUACAUUGCAGG